AAGAAUUGCCAACUCUGAGGACCCAACAUGCCGCGAAGAAUGAGAAGAGGAUUCUCAUAACCAGGCCCCAGAUGGAAAGCGCAGGAAACUCCUCACCGUGGAGAAACUGCGCUCAGCACUUGCUGGGAAGACGAACAGUCGAGGACCCCGGGGGUGUGAGGCAGAUCUCACCGUGCCCACGUGUCGGGUUCGGCUUUCAUCGUGUGUGUUUGAGCGCGCUCCGGCCCCUGGGCAGCGGGAGGCGCAGCCGCAGACGUCGGGCACCCACGCGGGUCGCGCCCACGCCCACGGCAGGCCCGCCAACUCUCUCCCUGGCCUCCGCCGUCGCUGGGCACCUGUAGCCUCCGCGGGGAGGGGCUCGCGACUCUCGCAGGUGCCCAGGGAACCGCGCACGAAGUUGCUAGGAAGCAGCUCCGGGUUGCAGGGCAGGAACGUGCCCUUCCCCUCGGCAAACUUUCGGCCGCUGCAACGGAAGCAGGAACUUGCAAACCACAAAACCCGCCGGGCAGGCGGGACCCGCGGGGCAUCCCCUGCCAGUCUCGCCGGGACCCUCGACCCCGUCGCCCCGCCUGUCGCCGAGCGCAUCGGAGCUGUCUUCGCACGGAAGCGCAACAGGGGGCCCCGGGGCUUCUCGCUGCCAGGAUUCAACCUGACUUUGGACUUUUAAGGCCUGAAUGAUACUGGAUUCGAAGAAUCAGUUUACCUAAUAAUUGUUGAGUCUCUCUAAAGACAUAAACUCUUCAGUACUUGUCUUGACUUCCAGGCUCAAUAAAAACACAACUCCCGCCUGGUCCUUUUUGCAGUUCCAGGUUCAUUGCAAGAGCUUGAGGAACAAUUCUGUCAGAAUCCAUUCAAAAAAGAAAUCCCAUCAUCUGUGCAGUCUUCCUGAAGCCAACUGAGGCCAGAGGGAGCGUUAUCCUUGAUCUUUGGACACUAAGACUAAACUGAGAUUAAGAUGUUCUGCAGGGAAGAAUGGAGCUUGACUUACACUUUUGUAAUGAUUUGUUUCCUGACGCUAAGGCUGUCCACCAGUGAGAACUGCCCCACCAAGCGUCUAGAAGACGUUGUCAUUGACAUCCAGUCAUCUCUUUCUAAGGGAAUCAGAGGCAAUGAGCCCAUACAUACAUCAACUCAAGAAGACUGCGUUAAUUCCUGCUGUUCAACAAAAAACAUAUCAGGGGACAAAGCUUGUAACCUGAUGAUUUUCGACACUCGGAAAACAACCAGACUACCCAACUGCUACUUAUUUUUCUGCCCCAGUGAGGAAGCCUGUCCACUGAAACCAGCAAAGGGACUUAUGAGUUACAGGAUAAUUAGAGAUUUUCCAUCUCUGGCCAGGACUGGCUGGCCAAGCCAAGAGUUAGCCCACGAAGACUCUCUCGCCCACGGCCAGGCCUCCCAAGGCCUCGCGUCCGCAGCCCUGCGUCCGCCAAGCCCCGCCAAGCCCACAGGUGCCCUACGGAGAGAUGCGGCUUCUCUGUUUGCCUCCUCAGAUCACGUGGACACACUGCUCGAGAUGGAUCGAGCGAGUACAGGGUUCCCUGUUUAUAAGGAAAAGGGCCAUUCUCAGACUUCACUGUUUGCCGCAGAACAAAACAUAGCUCACGCGCUGCCUGAAAAUGUGACAGCAUUCCCCACCUCGGGGGCCGUCGCAUCUCUGCGGCCCGUCUCUGCCAGGCCAGAGCCCGCAUCUCCCCCCGCAGCCACAGCCCCCGUGGAGCCCUCCGUGAUGUCGCCGCCACUGGUCACCCCCUCCGUUCCCCGGGCAGCGGCCAGUCCCCCGCCUCCCCCAGCCUUCACCGGGGCGGCGUGGACCCCAGCGCGGGCCCGGCCCCGGGCCAGGACAGCCACAACUGCAGGCCCGGCUCCCAGCUCCCAGGCCCCGACGGACUGGCAGAGCCCCCCGGAAACUGGGUCCUCCAGAGACGUUUCCAGCGUUAACCUGGGCACAGAGGGCGCCCAGGGCCCUGCCACGCUUCCUUUGUCAAAUGUGGAUUCUUCCUCUAGGAAUAAAACUGCCCCCCAGGAAAAUGGGAAGGCCAGGCCUGGCGGCUCCUCCCUGAGCAGGGCUCCAGCAAGUCAUAACAGCCUCCCGUCUGCAAGGUGGCUUCUCGUGGGGACGCUGCUGUUCGGGGUUCUGUUCCUCGCCGUAGGCCUUGCCCUCUCGGGUAGAAUCCUCUCAGAAUCCCUCCGAAGGAGACGUUACUCAAGACUUGAUUACUUGAUCAACGGGAUCUAUGUUGACAUCUAAGGACAAAACUAGAUGGCUCUCAAUUCUGUAGUUCCCUGGGGGCCCAAAUGCGGGGCUUCUGCUGAGUUGCUGAUCUUCGCAGGAGCUCUGAAGUAUUUUGAAGACAGCCAGAUACACCCUAGUACUUCCAUUCUGCUUGUUUUUUGAAGAGAAAGGGGAAAGGAAACAAAUUAGGUAAUUUGAGUGAUCAAUCACUAAAAUAUUAGCUGAAAACAAAGCUCUACUUAAAGUAAUCAAGUAUUGUCACAAAUUGGAAAAUGACUGACUUUUUGCAGGGAAAAAUGGUUAGGACUUCUAAGGUCCAUUUCGUUAAUAUUUCAGGUUCCAGAUAAAGUCAACUGUUUAUGAUAUUAAUUCUAAUGGAUUUACUUUCUUUUUUUUAUAUGAAUUCCAAUAAAACUUAUUCCAGAUGUAUUUCCUUCCAAUUAAAUAUUUGAAUAAAUCUUCUGUUACUCA